CUGCAUUUGGAGCAGUCCUUCAUGUUGUAUCGACCGCUCUUCUCGGGAUAACUGCAGUUACUAUGGCAAAUACUAUAGCAGGCGAGGAAACAGUGCAUAAACUUGCCUCGCUGUUGCUAAUAUUUCUUGGAGCAGGUUACAUUCUGUUGUUUGCGUUAGGAAAAGGUGGUCAUAGCCAUGCUCAUAAUCAUCCAAUGGAGAAGAUGGCAGUCGCUGGUCUUGUACUUGUACCAGCAUUAUCACCCUGUGCAACUACUCUUCCAGUGUUUCUUGCUGUUGGCAACUCAUCCUCGAUGAUGAUUCUUGCGAUCAUUGUACUUCUCUUCAGUACCAUCACGGUGAUGACGUCCCUGGUGGCUCUCUCAUUUUAUGGUGCUAGCCAGAUCAAGUUUCACUGGGUGGAACGCUAUGACAAGGUCCUAGUUGGCUCAGUGCUGUGCCUUGUUGGGGUUCUGACGUAUGUGUUCCAUCACCAUGAUGGUGACGAGCAUUCUCUCCAUGCACACGUGCACAGGAAACUUGUGGGUCCUUAGAGGAAUCUACAUAGUUACUCCCAAAGUUCACUGUGAAACAAAUUCUGUUGUCCUCUAACCUUUGUACGUUAUGCUGUAUAAGAUCUGAUUAUCAAUUUAUCUGUUGGGAAUCUACCCGCCUAUGGGUUUCCUAGGAAUACAGACAGACCAGGUGAACACCUACUGGGAAAUUGUUUGUACCAUGGAUCUUUGUUUGCGCUCAUGCAGUUUAACGGGAAUAGUGGGCUUUCAACUUGA